AUGUCAUUAGAAAAGUCUUUAGACGAUAUUAUCAAUGAUAGAAAGAUAUCUCGGAAUUCACGAACAUCAGAUUGGAUAUUAAGAAGACGUUUUUUUAAAAAUGCAAGGCUUGCACCAUAUUAUAAGGUAAAACAAGCUACAUUAUGUCUAAACUAUAAUGAACCUUGGACUCAUGAUUUAUAUGAAGGAUUAGCAGAAAAACCAGUUGGUCGUAUUUCAAAGCAACUGUACCGACCACCAUCAAAGGGACUGUCAUACCGUGUAAAAAUUGAGAAUCUUCAUUAUGAACUUACAGAAGAUGAUUUAAAUGGACUAUUUAAGAAGAUUGGUCCUGUUACUAAGCUUAGUAUUAAGUAUGAUCGCUCUGGUAGAAGUACUGGAACAGCUUAUGUCAAUUUCGAAAGAAUUGAGGAUGCACAUAAUGCAAUUAAUCAAUUUAAUGGUGCCAAUGCUGCCGGUCAGCCAAUUACAUUGACUUUGGAUUUGCAGCCGCCACAUAAACCACAAAAAGGAACAGGUUCUUUAUUUAGUCGUAUUAGCAAUUUUAAAGUCAAGCCUUUAUAUAGACGCAGAUCAUUUAGCACUCAGAAAUUAUAUAAAAAAGAAAAAGGCAAAUAUAAAACUCAAGAAGAUUUAGAUAACGAACUAGACAAAUACAUGAACGUUGCAAUACAAUCUAAAGAUGUAGAAAAACCUAUGGUUAUAGAUCAAAAAUAA